CCGCGCAUGCGUGCGACGACCAGGUAGCUGCAAGCUGAUGGGCUGGGUUGCUAGGGGCCCACCUUGGUCCUUGCUGACGUCCAGGGAUUGCCUUUGAUCCUGACUUCUGGGACGCGACAGGCUAAGAAGCAUUGGCCUUUCCCUCAGCAGGCGAGAUGCCUCUCUUUGGGAAUAUCUUCAGUCCAAAGAAGACACCUCCCCGGAAGUCGGCUUCCCUGUCCAACCUGCAGACUUUGGAUCGCUCAAUCCGGGAUGUGGAGCUGGGCCUGAACUAUGGAACCCCCACCAUGAACUUGGCGGGACAAAGCCUGAAGUUUGAAAAGGGCCAGUGGAUAGCAGAGGCCGGGGUCAGUGGGGGUGUGGACCAGAGGGAGGCGCAGCGCCUCCGCAGGCGGAACCAGCAGCUGGAGGAAGAGAACAAUCUCCUGCGGCUGAAAGUGGACAUCCUGCUAGACAUGCUUUCAGAGACCACAGCCGAAUGCCACUUAAUGGAGAAGGAACUGGAUGAACUGAAGAAUGUCAGUCGGAGGAGGAAAUAAGACCCCGAGAUGCUGGUUAGGAGUAGGGAAAAUCCCACUCACUGGGGGAGUAGGGUGAGACUGAGCAGUUUGGUUUUUAGCAAAACUAGUGGAUUUGGUCCCAGAGCGAGCAACAACAGGUACUGGCACCCUUUGUUGGCAGAAGGAAGGUGGGACAGGAUGGAGGAAGCCAGGAAGCCACAGCAGUGGCUGGGAUGCCAGUCUGCAAGCUGAGGAGGGUGGUGAGCUUUGGGUGCAAUGUCAUGAGUCCUGGCCACCCUGUGGACAGAUGCCGUUGGGAGCCGCAGCUGGUCUCCAUCAUCUCCCCCCUUAUGCUGGGUUUGAGGGUGGCACUAGGGGUCUGGGAUGAGUGACUCUCAUGUUCUCUGCCGCUGCCCCUCUGCCAGGCCACUCAUCCCCAGCCUGUGAAGAAUGCUUCCCCAAAUCCACAGCUCCUCUGGCUUCAGCUUCCCAGCAACAAGCACCAGCCUUCCACAGCAGUACUAUUUUUGUGCUACCUUCCUGUUUAUACUAUUUCUUUUUUAUUAAAUGAUACUGAGUGAUCUCUCUGUGGCCAAAA